AUGACAGAUAUAGAUAUAGAUGUUGACUACUUGAAUGUUAAUAAGCUAGCUUAUACGUUCGAAAGUCUUAAUUCAAGCAAUAAUAAUUCGUUGAGACAGCUAGCAAAAGAUGCUGCUAGAAGAGCCUUAAAAAUAAUGAAUAAGUACCAAUCACUUCAUCCAAGUUAUAAAUCAAUGAUUAGUUAUUUAAGUGAUGAAAAUACAGAAUUCACUUCAGAAUGGGCUGCUUCAGUGAAUAAGACAAAUAGAACACUAAUGAAUAAAUAUACUGAUGAGCUACAUGAUUGCUUGCAAGAUACUGAUAAGGAACAAAUAAUGGAACAAAUUGGAAGCCUAGCUAAAAUUCAUACAAUUCAAGGAAAUUACCAACAAAUAAUAACGACAUUAAAUCAAUUUCAUUCAAUUAUUCAGUUUCGAUCGCAACCAAAUGAUUUAAAUCAAUUCAUUCAAAAUAAAUAUAUUGAAUUUAAUUUCAUCCAAUACACAACUACCUUAUACAAUCUAAUAUGGUUUCCACUGAACAACGAAUCAAGCUCUAGUGCUAAUACUUCUAGUUUAAAUGCUUUUAAAACUAUAAACAAUUAUUUCAAGAAGGUAACUCUUUACUAUAGUAAGAAUGAAAUGCUUAUAAACAUCAACAAUUCUAAUAAAGAAAUACAAUACUAUUGGCUUUUGAAUUGGUUACAGUUAACUGUCUAUUUCAACCAAGGAAAAUUUGAUGAGUUUUUGAUUGAGUUUGAUACAUUAAUUAAUAACGACUCAGCAUUAAAACCAUUAGAUAUCUUAAAUUUUGAUGAAGUUAGUUUGAAAACAGAAAUCUUGAUCAUGUUCAAAAUAUCCAUAGCAAUCACAAAGCCAUUUAAAAACUUAUCUUUAUUAAACUAUGAGUUCAUUAAUGGUGAGUGCUUUGACACUGAAACUUUGUUCGAAUUGUUUAAUGACAAUGAUACGUUUGAAUUUACAGUUCAUGAAAUAUUUUUAAAUUUGUCAGAAUCCAAUUUUAAAGGGUUUAAAGCAAAAUUUGGUGAUGAUGUUUUAAUAAACAAAUUAGUUGGUAUUUUAGGAUACACGUUUCCCCGUAAUGCCUUGAGUUUCAUACAAUUUAUAAAUAAUGUGGUCGAUUUUAAAAACUUCUUGUUGAUUAUUUCCAUAACUAAGAGGAUUCCAAAGUCUAAUUUAAUGACAUUAUUGGGUUAUCCAAACGAUUAUGCGACAAAUGAUUUACUAUUAUUUAUAUCCGUAUUAAAUUUAGGUGAAUUAGGUAUUGGUUAUGAUUAUGAUAACGAGUUGUUCUAUAAUUCGGGAAUUAAAGACAAUAAUUUGAAUGAGCAAAUAACUAAUUUAGAAAAUCGCUUAACAGGGGAGAGUAUUGCUAACUUAAUAAAAGGAUGUCUAAUUGAACAAGCUCUCAAUUCAUAA